AUGUGUCAAUUCGACACCGUUGUACACGGCCGCUCAGAACGGCCACGAGGCGGUGGCCAAGGCGCUGAUCGAGGCCGGUGCGGACGUGAACGAAGCGAAAAUGGCGGCUGGACGCCGCUGCACGAGGCCUCUCGAGAGGGCCACGAGGCUGUUGUCAAGGCCCUGAUCAAGGCGCUGGUCGAGGCGGGUGAGGACAUCAACAAGACCGAUUUUGACGGCGAGACAUCGCUGUCUUGGGCCGCUGAUCAAGGCCACGAGGUGAUGGUAUGAGCGCUGAUCGAAGCCGGCGCAGACGAGAACGAGACUAACAAUGAGGGCAGGAUGCCGCUGCACAAGGCCGCUUCGAACGGCCACGAGGCGGUGGUCAGGGCGCUGAUCGAGGCCGGCGCGGACGUCAACAAGGCAAACGACAACGGCAGGACGCCGCUGUACACAACCGCUUUAAAUGGCCACGAGGCUGUGGUCAAGGUGCUGAUCGAGGCCGGCGCGGACGUGAACAAGGCGAGGGAAGACGGUGAGACGCCGCUGUACAUAGCCGCCCGAGAAUGACCACGAGGCGGUGGGCCACCUCCUGAUCUGAUCGCAGCUGGAGCGACAAUCGACGAUCUGUUCACUGCUACCCGUCUUGGUAUGACAAAGUGUGUCAUACUGUAGAUAGUUAGAUAGAUUAGAUAGAUAGUUUGAAAAUACCUGUAGUUGC